CAGUAAAAAGGGAGAGCCGGAGACUCAGACGAUGGCAUCCCGCGGCUCCCUAUCCCUCCCGCUCCCGCCUUCAAAAAAUGUGGCCAUCGAGGCCACCGGUCUCCUCCUCCGCCGCCCUUCCAUCGCAGCCGCCCGACCUCUCUUUCCCUCUCUUCACCCCCCUCAGGCCCUCCUCGUCUCAUCUUUUCUACUCCCCACUCUCUCUCAGGUCCAGGCGUCUCCACCUCUUCCGUCCGCAUUCCUCCCUCCAGAAAAGCAAGAAGCAAACCCUUCACAGGGUCUCCAGCGUCCCGCCCAAUCCCAGGAUCGGGAAGGCGCCGGGCGCCGGCGAGGAGGAGAACGAUGGACCUAAGGACGCCGGGGAUGGUGGGUUGGAGGGAGAUGCUGCCCUCAAGGGGACUGUUUUGGCAGGGCUAUUGCUCGUGGGUGUCGUCGGAGGGUUCGGCACCAUCGGCUACAUCUAUCGGGACCAGAUAAAUUCGUUCUUGACGCAGUUUUCUGGGUUCAUUGAAGGUUAUGGACCGGCAGGAUACGCUUUAUUUGUUGCUGUAUAUGCUGGAUUGGAGAUCCUUGCAAUUCCAGCUAUUCCAUUGACGAUGUCUGCGGGACUUCUCUUUGGUGGUGUUACAGGGACCAUCAUAGUCUCCAUCAGUGGAACGGUGGCAGCAGCCGUUGCAUUUCUAAUUGCCAGAUAUUUUGCUCGUGAACGUAUCUUAAAAUUGGUGGAAGGCAACAAGAAAUUUUUAGCAAUAGAUAAAGCAAUUGGAGAGAAUGGUUUCAGAGUGGUCACUCUGUUGCGUCUGAGUCCGUUGCUACCAUUUUCUCUUGGGAACUAUCUCUAUGGUCUUACUUCAGUGAAGUUUGUCCCAUAUGUGCUGGGAAGUUGGCUAGGGAUGCUGCCUGGGACAUGGGCUUAUGUCAGUGCUGGGGCAUUUGGUCGAGCAAUCAUUCAAGAAGAAUCAGAUCUUGGUUUACCAGGAGGAAAUGGGCAAUUGUUGACCCUCGGUCUUGGCCUUCUUGCAACGGCUCUGGCUGCAACAUACGUCACACGUCUUGCCAAGGAAGCUAUUAAGGAUAUUGAGUAGCUGACUGGCAUGAACUACAUUUUUUUGCUGCCACAUAUGGACUAAAGACUGUGUACAUAAUUCCAUUAAAUUCUCCCUUUCACAGUUACGGUAAAAACCAGUGGUCUUCCAUGUUUUAUGAAGGUCAGUGCAAUUGAUUAGUGCUACUGGUUAAUCUUGUAAUCGUCAUGACUUACACGGCCUGUAAUUUAAAGUCACUUUGCAUGAUUGGAGAGAUC